GGUAGCCGGAGGAGAUCGAGAGAAAGGCGGCGAGCGAGCGAGAGCAAAAGCGAGCCAGCAAGCCGAGGAGGCAUCGCGCCCGGGGAGGUGGAGAUCGAGCAACAUGCCAGUUCGCAGAGGUCACGUGGCGCCACAAAACACCUUUUUGGGGACCAUCAUCCGGAAAUUCGAAGGGCAAAAUAAAAAAUUCAUCAUCGCUAAUGCCAGGGUGCAGAAUUGUGCUAUCAUCUACUGCAAUGAUGGCUUCUGUGAGAUGACAGGGUUCUCCCGACCAGAUGUCAUGCAAAAACCCUGCACCUGUGACUUUCUUCAUGGACCAGAAACCAAAAGGCACCACGUUGCCCAAAUUGCCCAGGCAUUGCUUGGAUCGGAGGAGAGGAAAGUGGAUGUCACCUAUUAUCAUAAAGAUGGUAAAGUGAUUUCAUUUUUGCAUUUGUGUCAAAACAAGUUUUGA